AUAUCUUAUUUGUGCUUUUUCAAUAGAUUAUGGGACUAAAUCCUCCUUUUGGGGUUAGAGCGUCUUUGGCAAACAAAUUUAUUAAUAAAGCUCUGGAGUUUAACCCAAAGCUCCUUAUUCUGAUUGUUCCUCCAGAGACAGAAAGGUUGGACAAAAAGAAAACACCUUAUGAUCUGGUUUGGGAGGAUGAUCAGUUUCUCACAGGAAAGUCAUUCUAUCUUCCCGGAUCUGUUGGUGAGAAUGGCAAACAAAUGGAUCAGUGGAACUUAAUAGCGCCACCGCUCUAUCUGUGGAGUCAUCGUGAUUGGGCUGCUGGACACAAGGCUAUAGCUGAGAAGCAUGGUCACAUAUCCAGGCAACAGGAAGCAUCAGAUUCAGAAAGAAACUGCAAUGAGACACAUAACCUUGAUCAUCCAGUGGAGGAUGGUCAUGGUCAUGAUGAUGAUACCUCCAUGGCGACGGAUGUUCCUUUGCAAAAUGUUCAUGGUGAAUAUGUUGAUACCUCCAUGAUGGCAGAUCUCCGUUCAGAAAAUAUUCUCGGUCAUACCUCCACUCUGGCAGAUCUUCCUCAAAACAUUGAAAUGGAGAAACCCAUGCAAAUAGCAACAACUUAUGAACGAAGAUCCCCUGACAAAAUCAUUGGAGGAGAAAGCAAUGGCAGUGAUGGCUCUGGGGAGAACCAGUCUAAGAAGACUCCAAGGAAGAGGAAGCGCGGUAAGCAAAAGGCUGGAAGAGGAAUGAGUGAAAAAUCUCCUUUGGACAAACAGAAUGUUGGAAGGAAUCUGGGAAGUGAGAAAUACAAGGGAAUUGCUCAAAGUCCCCCGGCCAACAUGAUUGAUGGAAGAUCCUCAAUGGAAGGUCACCCAUCCAAAUGUGAUGAGAUACCUUCAAAUGUUGGAUGUGGCGAAAUUGAUUAUCAUCAUUUUGGUGACAAGAGAAUGCCUCACUGUUCCCCAGCCCAUGUGAUUGACAGUAUAUCCCCACUCGAGGGUCAUUCUUCCAAAUCUGUUGAAGUGCCUCCGCAUGCUGGAUUUUGCGAUGAUGGUUAUCAACAUUUUGGUGACAAGGGAAUGCCUUACCCUUCUCCACUCAACAUGAUCGAUGGAGUGUCUUCAUUAGAGGGCCAUCCAUCCAAAUCUUUUGACAUACCAUCACAUACUGGAGUUGGCAACAGUUAUCGACAUUUUGAGCCUACCACCUCUGAUUCACAUAUGCAGUUUGGAUCAGCCUAUCGUGGGAACACCCUGGCUAGCUUUCCUGAUGACAUGGGGUGGAGGUACGGCAUGAACAAUAAUGACCCUUAUUCAACUCAUAGAUUUCGUGGUGGUUCCAAUUUGGGGGAACAGUUUCAAUUUUAUGAGCAAGAACUAGUGUCAUCUCCCCCUGGAUAUGGUCAGAUGGGAGCAUUUCCGUCUCCUACAUAUGGGCAUCUAGGUUCAGUACCUGAGGCAUCUUACAGGAUGAAUUUGUCAGCCAUGGACCGAUACAGACCUCGAUUGGAUGGUUCAAAUCACCAAAGCAUAAGUGCUUUGAGGUCAGAACCACCCAUGUUGCCUAGAACAAGCUUUAAUGAUCCUAGAGCACCAUCCCAUGCAGGAUCCCCUUUUGGCAUUGGUUUUGCUUCUGGUCCUUACCAACCAGGUACUCGAGGUUGGUUGGAUCCGUGAUUCAGAUCUUCUGCUGACCAACUCCUUUGAGGUACGAGCUAGUAGGAUUUAACAGUUAGUUUGUAGAGAAAUACUAUAUUAUUAGGGCUGUGAAAUUAUUACCAGUUAGUAUUAGUAUAUGUCAUCCGAGAUUCUGAUAGAUGGUUGCUCAAACAACAUAUAAGCCCUCGCUUACCUAGAAUGAUGAUCAUCAUGAUGCUUACUCAAAAAAUAAAAGGUACA